UUGUUAAGUUUCUACCCAAAAUUAAAGGACCCAUUUAAAUUAAUUAAAAAACUCACUCAAAUACAUAAUACCCACACCCAAAAAUAUAACCCAAACCCCCCAAACCAAUUCACUUAAACACUUGUUUAGCAGCAUCCUUUCCCCAAAUCUUCAUCCCCAGAAUCAUCCUCAACACUUAAUCCUCCAAUUUCUGCUCAACUUCCUCACCAUCAUCAUACUUAACCAAUUCUGUCGAAAGACUUCCGUGUAGAGGAGAAGGAGUGGUAGGACUGGUACUGCUGGACGCUGGUCGUCUCUCCGGUCUCGUUCAUGACUACCUCGAUGGCGAGCUAUGCGGAAGAGACAUUUGAAUUUAUGAAACUUGCUUUAGAACAGGCAAAUGAUGCAUUAGCCAAUCUUGAAGUUCCAGUUGGCUGCGUCGUUGUUGAGGAUGGGGAAGUCAUUGCCUCAGGAAGAAAUCGAACGACUGAAACAAGAAAUGCUACAAGACAUGCAGAGAUGGAAGCAAUUGAUUUUCUAGUUGAACAAUGGCAGAAUAAUGGACUUUCACCUCUUGAAGUUUCUGAAAGAUUCUCAAAGUGCAUUCUGUAUGUUACCUGUGAGCCAUGUAUAAUGUGCGCAGCAGCCUUGUCAUAUCUUGGAAUAAAGGAGGCAUAUUAUGGAUGUGCAAAUGAUAAAUUUGGAGGUUGUGGAUCGGUACUAUCACUGCAUUCCAGCAGCUCUGAGCUUCCAGCUAGUGAAUUAGCCUCAUCAAAAAAGGGUUUCAAAUGCACUGGGGGAAUAAUGGCUUCUGAAGCUGUUGCUCUUCUUCGGAGCUUCUAUGAGCAAGGAAAUCCAAAUGGUGCUGAUGAGAGUACAAAUGAGGAACUACUAUGUUGCGAAUGCCAUUUGCGCAACAGGCAAGAAAGAGCAAGUUCAGUUAUUGGAAGGAUAGAAUCAAGAAAGCUUUAGUUGGACUUUAUCGGGCAAGCAUAGAAGUAGAACUAGAUCAGAACAAGCUUACAAAUCGACAUGGAUUAACCUUUUGGCAAUUCGACUGAUGUGAUUGAACAGAAGUACAAGACGAGUUUAACUACUCAUAGACAUUAAUUUUUGAAGGAAAAGCUUGUUCUUUUCUUCUUUUCCAAUCGUCCUAGUGAAAUCAAUGAUUCUACUAACUAAAUGGGAACAGCCGGUACAAGAAGACAACAUUGAAUAACUGUUGCAUGCACCUAGGAACAAAAUAUAUAUUCAAGAAUAUUAUAUGGUUAUCAGAUGACACAUUUUCUUUGCAUCCA